AAUAAAGCCAAACUGAUUUAAUUGACAAUUGCAGAAUUAACGAAAUCUAUACAGCAUAUAUACACCAUUCAACUAGCAGUCCUCUAUGGACAGUGAUAAAACGGACUCUUCCGAUGAGUUUUACGAUGCCUGCUCGGAGCAGUUGGAGACGAGUCCUUUGGAAAUGGACUUGAGUACUUCGCUGGAGGAGGCGCAACUUGCCAUCAAUUAUUUCUUUGACAACAAGUUCGAGGAGGCUCGCAACCUGUUACGACCGUUUGCCAAUUCGAGCCUCUAUCACUCGAUGGGAACCGCUGUCUUCGCAUUCCUCGAAGCGGUUCUCACCUUUGAACACAUCGACGAGGCCUCCGCGCACCUGAAGAAAUGCAUCGAACUCUGUCAGCGGUUCAGAAAAAAGAGCACAUUAACGGAAUACAUUGGCAGCACUUUCAAAAAGAAAAACUUCAAUCUACUCACCGAUCUGGAAUGCCAUGCAGAACUCUGUUUGGCGGAGGCACUUUUGCUGAGCGCCUUGUUGACCUUCAUCGAGGACGAGAAUCUCAGCGGGCUGAUCCGAGGCAGCCUCCAAGUGCGGCAGUGCUUCAAUUGUUACAGACUCUGCGCCCAGAUAAUGAAGCAUCGCAAAUGGGAGGCGAGUUCCGCCGGGCUGAGGAACCAUUUUAAUAGCGGAGUCCACAUGGGCAUUGGAACUUUUAACCUGAUGAUAUCCAUGUUGCCCGUGCGCAUCACUAAACUGCUGCAGUUCAUUGGUUUCUCCUCGAAUAGGCUUAAUGGCCUUAAUGAUUUGCGUGCUGGUCACCAGGAGAACGGUCUACGUCAGAUACUGUGCGUAUUAUCCCUGCUCGGCUAUCAUCUGAUGGUCGUGCCUAUGCUUUGCAAUCGUCAAUCGCCAAGUGAUCUCAAGCAGUGCGAUGAGAUGUUAAGUGCACAGCUUACCAAAUAUCCGAAUGGUGUCUGGAUGCUCUUCUUCAAGGGACGCAUUGAGCUGUGCAAGGGCAAUCUGCGAGCAGCGGAGUCGUGGUACAUCAGAUCAUGGAAAUCUCAGGAUGCCUGGCCACAAUUCCAUUACCUCAGCUACUGGGAACUGCUCUGGCUUAGCUGCAUGCAACGGAACUGGGCCAAUGCUCAGUUCUAUGCCACCCAGUUGCUGGAGCAGAGCAACUGGUCAAGGGCCAUCUACGCCUAUCAAUUGGCCGUCAUCAAGCUAAUGAUGGGAACAGAGGAGCACCUGCGCAGCAUAGAUGCCCUGAUGUUGGAGGUGCCAGCAAGCAGGCAACGCAUCGCUGGCAAAUCGCUGCCCAUGGAGAAGUUUAUGGCGAAGCGAGCCGAGCGCUAUCAGAGCCAAAAUCGGAGACUCGUCCUGCCCCUAAUCGAACUGCUAUAUUUGUGGAACAUGUUCAAGUUCCUCGACAAGGAUUAUCAUCUGGCUGAUGGCAUCCUCCAAAUUAUUGAUAAGGAAUUGAUCGAUUUAACUCGAUUUAGCCACGAAUCAGUUCAUAAUCCUUACCAUGCCGAUAAUCGGGCUUUGUGUUUGCUGCUGCGUGGGGCUUGCUAUGUUCAAAUGGGCAAAUCCAGCAUGGCUUUGCAGGACUUCCGUGAGUGCAUUGCCCAAGUGGACAUUGUAGAGGAUCAGUUUAUUAUACCCUAUGCCUGUGUGGAAGCUGCCCUUUGCCACGCCUCCGAUAAUCCAAGUUUGGCCAUAGCCAUGCUGCAGGACACCAAAAAAAAGUAUUCGAAAUAUGCUUUGGAAUCUCGUCUUCAUUUUCGAAUACAUGCGGCUUUAAUGGGUCUUAAUGGCAAUUUUGGUUAACAAACAGUUGUCGACAAAUUCAAUCGAUUGUCUGUUUUAUUUCUUUUGUUUAUUUUUUGGUUGUGGUUUCCAAGCAAUCGCACUUAUCGAUAACAAUAAAAUUAAGCAAGUUUCGUAUUUAUUUUUUUUUAAAUUUAGUAAUUUAGUCAUUUUAUUAUAAGAGUAAUUGUGUUUCAUAUACAUGCGCAGUUAUACAAUUAAUAUGUAUACA